AUGCGGCCGGCACGGGCCCCGCCGGGCCCCCGCGGCUGCGGCCGGCUCCUGGCGGCGGGGCUGCGGCCGCUGCUGGGCUGCCUGCGGCCGCCGGGCUGCCCGAUGCUGCCGCCGCCGGGCUGGGCGACGGCGCGGCGGGUCGCGGGGCAGUGGCCGAGCCCGGGCCUGCGGGUGCCGGAGGCGGCCGAGGCGGAGCGGCUGGUGCAGGAGGCGCGGCGGGCCGGCGGGCCCCUCCGCCGCUUCAUCGCCUGCCCGCGGCUGGCCCGCACCGUGCAGCGCUGCCUGCGGGCGGCGCGCGGCCCCCAGCCCGUCGUGCUGGAGUGCGGCCCCGGGCCUGGAAUCUUGACCCGGACUCUACUCAAUGCAGGUGUUAGAGUGGUAGCUCUAGAAAGUCACUCAGUUUUCCUUCCAAACUUACAGUCCUUAGAGAACAGCCUGGAUGGACAAUUAAAGGUAAUUUAUGGUGACUUCUUCAGACUGGAUCCUUUGGUCACUGGAACAGUGAAACCGCCUGCUGUGUGUUCUGACCAGCUUUUUGAAGCCAUGGGUAUAGCAGCAGUUCCUUGGAGAGCAGAUGUACCUGUGAAAAUUUUUGGAAUCUUGCCACAAAAAAAGGAAAGGAACACACUUUGGAGGCUACUUUUUAUCCUGUAUGAAGGCAGUUCCAUAUUCAGAUAUGGAAGAGUAGAGCUCAACAUCUUUAUAAGUGAAAAAGAGUACAAGGUAUUAACAGCAAAGCCCGGGGAAUCGAGGGCUUAUCAAGCGCUUUCUGUGCUUUGCCAAGUAGGAUGUGAAAUUCAGCUACUGCAUAUGGAACCCUGGUCAUCCUUUGUAACUAAUUCGAAAAACAAGGGACUGGCAGUUUCAAAGAGCACGUGGCUGCCAAAUGAUCAUUUAUGUUUGGUACGACUGACUCCCCAGCGAGAUCUAUUUUCAGGAGGCUUGAAGCCCACAAAUUCAGCUACCUUCAUUUUCAUGGUGAAGCAGUGUCUUGCUAAACGCAAGUCUAGACUUACUGAUAGAUUAAAUUCAUGGAGCUUGGACAAUUGUGGCCAAUUACUGAAAGCGCUAGAAAUUCCAACAGAUGUUGAAACAGGUAAUUUAUACCCAGAAGACUACAAGCGUCUUUUUGAGGCUUUGCAAAACUCUAAUGUGUUUACUGAAAGCUGGUUCCACGAUGAGGUCUUGGAAAGUAUAAGGAACAUAAACUUAUAAAUUGAAAGCUGCUGUCUUUUAGAAGAUCAUCUUUGCUUCUGGAAGAUUACUGUGAUGAGAAAUGAUUUAAAUAAAAUCGAAGUAUUGUUAGCUAGAUGACUUCCGGUCCAAACAGGAAAGUAAACUUAGCAAGUAACUAGAGCUCUUCUAUAUGGCAUGACACUGUGGGAUUUACAGUUACUUGGUCACAAUCGUAUCCCGACUGGAUAAAAUCUGCAUCUUCUCCAGGAGCAUAAUAGUGACCUGCUGCUUUUGGAUGUGCCACUUAAACUGAACUUCUUAUUACACUGCUGUAUAUUUACAACGUUUGAAAAAAUAACAGACCAAAUAAUGAUUUGUGUGGUUUGUAUUUUAGUGCUCAGUGCUUUGAAAGUUCCUUCAGAUUCCCAAAAUACACAGGUCUGUACGACCACUGAAUCUGUUUUAUCAUCUGAUCUAUAAACCUUGAAGUCUUAAGAUACUAAUAAAUCAGGAGUGGUGGGUUUAUGGAAGGCAAGGUAAUGACAGCAUAAUAAAACAUCAACUGAAAAGUUUGUUUAAGUGGAUUGUUACAUCUGUGGUUCGGGGAAAAAAUCAAUUUUUUCUUUUGAAAAUUUGAAAUGACAAAACACUGGGUGUUCUUUUGUGGUUUACCAUAUGUAAACACCUGUAUACAGAUGAGCUUUAUCUUACUUUAGGUCUGAAACCCAAGUCACCAGAACAUUGAGUGUUUUAUAAACAGCUGUGAAAAAGAAUCAUCUUACCUGUAACCCUUGCAGCAUAUAAUUGUUUAAUGUGUAUGACGUGUAUAUAAAACCUUACUUUAAAGAGAUAUGCUAUUAAAAUUCUUUUCAGUUAUA